AUGACAACGAGAUCUGACGUGAUGGGUCAGCUCCGUAAGGAUCCCACGCAUGGUCUCGAGCACACCCUAGUCGAUCCGCUUCCCAUGUUCAUAGCGGGUAUCGACAAGGCCUCGCAGGAGAGUGUUCUAUCUUUGUACAGGUCAGUGUUUGGCGAGGGUAAUGUUCUUCCUGCGCCGGACAUUGAGCGCGUGGAGAUGGUCAAGAGCCACGAAAUCCUCAUGCAGGCUUCGAACAUGUGCAUCACUAUCAGUGAGAUGGCGAAAUGCACGCGAGCCAUUGCAAUUUGCUCCCUGCAUGAGUGGCGAGGCCGGAGUUGA